AUGUUUUCUCAGAAACCAUUUCUGGGCGGCAGCGGCGCGGAGGGCGGGGGCGGUGCAGCGGGAGCAGGUGGCGUGGCGUGGCUGGCAGCGAUGGCGCGGCGCAGCCCGGAGGAGGCGAUCCGCGCGUUUGAGGCGGGCGCGCUGGCGGAGUACGUGCGCGCGCUAGUCGCUGUUGACCACCUGGGCGGCAGCGCGCUGCUCGCCAUGCUGCAGCGAGGUACCAACGCGCCUCUCCUCCGCGCGCCCCCACUCCGCAUGCUGCCCCCCACUUCACGCCAUGGCCUGUGGCGCAUGCCGCAUGGUUCCUUCCUACUGCUUUCCCCCACGCCCUCAUCCCUUCCUCCUCCCCCUCAUUUCCCCCCCUGUCUCCCCCCGAACCUGUUCCGUUCCCUGCCUGCAGGCGCUGCAAGAUCCGCCUCCCCCUUCCCCCCGUCCUCCGCGCCCCUGUCGUCCAUGCGCGCGCCUCUCCGAGGGGCGGUGGGUGCAGUGGCGGUGGAGGGCGCGCUGGGGACGGCGAGCGCACCGCUGCACGUGGUGGCGGCGAGGCACGCGUGGCCCGCGCUGAGGGCGCUGAGGGCGCUGGACUCGGCGCGCUGUGGACCAUCGCCCGCGAGCGCGACGUGGGGCACGGGUGGGCUGAGCGAGGAGGAGCAGUCAAUGGCGGGGAGUGACAUGCGGUGCAGCGAUGUGAAGGGCGUGGAUGAGGCCAAGGCGGAGCACCAAGCAGUCGUGCACCACCUGCACCACCCCAAGGGCCUCGCAUAUCCCGUGGUGGUUGCCCUCUUGCAUUUCCUGCAAUACCUCAAGGCCCCUCACUCAUGCCGUCUUCCUCUUUUGUCGAUCCGAUCCUACUCCACCGCUGUCCCACCUACCUGUCUUUUCCCACCUCCUCGCGCCUUGUAUUUCACCUUCCCUGCCCCCUCUCCCGUGCGCCCCCUUUCCUGCCCCGUCUCCCCUGCGCCUCCUUCCCUUGGCCCCCCCUCUCCCACCACAGCAGUUCACGCGCCUGGGAGGCAAGCUGCCCAAGGGAGUGCUGCUGGUGGGGCCACCGGGCAUGGCACGGGCAAGGCGAUGCUAGCGCAGGCGAUAGCGGGCGAGGCGGGCUGCCCUUGCUCUCCGCGUCGUGUGCUGCACCACAUUCAGCUGACUAUGCACACCUUCAUCUUCUCCCUCCUCUCCUCCCUCUCACUCCCCCAACCCAACCCCAUCACGCCCUUCCGCUCUCCUCUCCCCCCCACCUUCCAGAUCCCCAGAGCGGAUGACGCGGACGUGUCAGUGAUAGCGCGCGGCACGCCAGGCUUCAGCGGGGCAGACCUCGCCAACGUGGUGAACGGGGCGGCGCUGCGGGCAGGCAUGGAGGGGCAGCGUGCGGUGGGGUGGGGUGAGCGCACCUGGAGCCAAGGUGAGGAGCGCGCCUCCUCAUGGCCGUCGAGCGCAACUCCGCCGUCAUCUCCCCGCACACACGACUGGGGAGUGAGUGGGGAUGAAUGGGAACUAUCUGCAUUCCAGCUGCCUUUACGACCCACUGCCAGCUCUCCACAGCACCCCUUCCUGCUCGCUGAUGUGUGA